CUGGUCUGGACUCGCUCAAAGUGGACGGAAGCGCGCGCCACUAUCUCCAAACCAGCAAGCAAGCAAGCAAGCAGGCAUCAUGAAGUCUGCAGGUCGCGCCACGCGUGUCCGGACGCUUCCCUUGGCGACUGUAACUUGACUCAAGUCGUUCAAGCAAGGGAACAAAAACAAACCUCCACGCGUGCUUUUGUGUUUUGAGUGCGGAGUGUUCUCGGAUGGAGCCCAACUUUGCCCCCCUGAGACGUUGAUGUUGGGGAGCCCGUCCAACAACGGCGGCGUUCGAAUGCUGGCGCCGCCGCCGCCAUCGCCGCCACCGGGCGCCGGUGACGAGCGACGCGUCGAGUUCGUGGCGCUCACCGCCGUGCACACGGAGCGCAGCGAGCCAUCCACCCCAGAGCGCAGCUUGCCGUCGCACCGGACUGGGCUGCUGGGUACGCCGUUGCCCGGACCCCCGGGGCCCCGGGCCAGCGCGUCCCAGACCAGCAAGCGCUUCCGCAAACUGCAAAACUACUUGUAUAACAUUCUGGAACGACCACGGGGAUGGGCCUUCAUCUAUCACGUCUUCAUUUUUCUGCUGGUUUUCAGCUGCUUGGUGCUGUCCGUCUUCUCCACCAUCCCCGAACACCAAAGGGUCGCCAACCAGGGCCUUUUCAUACUGGAGUUUGUGAUGAUCGUGGUGUUUGGCCUGGAGUACUUCAUCAGGAUCUGGGCGGCGGGUUGCUGUUGCCGAUAUCGCGGCUGGCAGGGUCGGCUGCGCUUCGCCCGCAAGCCCUUCUGCGUCAUCGACUUCAUCGUGUUUGUGGCGUCGCUGGCGGUGAUUGCGGCCGGCACGCAGGGCAACAUCUUCGCCACGUCGGCGCUGCGUAGCAUGCGCUUCCUGCAGAUCCUGCGCAUGGUGCGCAUGGACCGGCGGGGGGGCACCUGGAAGCUGUUGGGAUCCGUCGUCUACGCUCACAGCAAGGAGCUGUUCACGGCGUGGUACAUUGGCUUCCUGGUGCUCAUCUUCGCCUCCUUCCUGGUCUACCAGGCCGAGAAGGACAACACCGACUUCAGCAACUACGCAGACUCCCUCUGGUGGGGAAUUAUCACAUUGACCACCAUCGGUUACGGCGACAAGAUCCCCCGCACGUGGCAGGGUCGUCUGCUGGCGGCCGGCUUUGCUCUCCUGGGCGUUUCCUUCUUUGCCCUGCCCGCUGGAAUUCUCGGCUCGGGCUUUGCCUUGAAAGUUCAGGAGGAGCACCGCCAGAAGCACUUUGAGAAGCGCCGCAUGCCAGCCGCGAACCUCAUCCAGGCGGCGUGGCGUCUGUACUCGACUGACGCCAAGCACUCGUACCUGACGGCCACCUGGUACUUCUACGACAGCAUGCUACCUUCCUUCAGAGAAUUGACGCUACUGUACAGUCACCUCCAGCGGCAGCGGAACGCCAGCAAGAAGGCGCCGCCGCCGCCAUACAGCGCCAACUUCCAUCACACGCAGCUGUCAGGGCUGCGGCCCUACAGCGCCCCCUAUAUGUCGGGGGACAGGAGGCCAGAAGCGCCGUGCAGUCAAGUCCUCGCAAAAAAGCGAGGUCUCUUCCGGAUUCAUGCCGGACGCAAGCAGAGCAGUAAACUCGGCUUCCGGGACAGGCUCCGGAUGAAUAACUCCCGCUCGGCGCAGGUGAUCCGCGGCAAGGCGUCGUCGCCCCAGGCACCGGGUCCGGCUGUGAGGCGCUCGCCCAGCCAGGAGAACGUCCCUGACGCGGCCAGCCCCGGGAAGGUGCAGAAGAGCUGGAGCUUCAAUGACCGCACUCGCUUCCGCACCUCGCUGCGGCUCAAGGCCCGCCCCCCCGUAGAUGUCGAGGUACCGGGUGAGGACGGCGUGGAGGACAGAGGCUACUGCGACGUGGCCAUGGACGAGGUUAUUCCCGCCGUCAAGACGCUCAUUCGAGCCGUCAGAAUUUUGAAGUUCCUGGUGGCCAAGAGGAAGUUCAAGGAGACGCUGCGUCCAUAUGACGUCAAAGACGUCAUCGAGCAGUACUCGGCGGGACACCUGGACAUGCUGGGCCGCAUUAAGAGCCUGCAGAUGCGGGUGGACCAGAUCAUCGGGCGAGGCGCCGUCCAGGCCGACAAGAAGGCACGCCUGGAAAAGGGCGAAAAGACCCCGCUGGAACUGGACUCCCUGGACGAGCUCAGCAUGAUGGGACGCGUGGUCAAAGUGGAGAAACAGAUUCAGUCCAUCGAAAACAAGCUGGACCUUUUGCUCAACUUGUACUCGACGUGCCUGAAGAAAGGCUCGUCUUCGCAGCUGGCGCUGUCCUCUCUGCUGCUGGAUGCCGAGAUGACGUCGGACUACCACAGCCCGACCGACCAAAGAGACCUCUUCCCCUCGGCCAACACGCUCUCGCAGUCCGACAGCGCCGCCCUGGAAUCCUAGCCAGACCUUUAUUUUGGGUGGGGGAGGAGGGGGGGGGGGGGCUGAGAGCCAAGUGUGCACCCCUCUUGAGGAGCAACGCUCACUUGUCCCUCAAGGUACACUGAACAGGAAUCACACAGGUAAGGUCUCCAGCUGAAUAGCAGCAAAACAAAAAUCCUCUUUUCAGGAUACUGUGAUGAAUGUAAGGCUCUUAAAAAAAAAGAACUGAUGGCACCAUGUUUGGCAUCAUGCACGCACACUGGAGCCACGUUUGCGUAUUUGUGGCAUCCGAGAACGAUAUUGCAUGUGGUAAGACGAAUGCACUUGUCAGGGCGGUGCUUGUUAGGGUGACGCGUGCCUUCAGUCGCGCCGACUCCGUCUUCUCUCGAAGGACCCACACAUGGACGUAAUUCUGUUGUAAAUUUAAAAAAGGCAAAAAAUGAAGAUAGCACAAGUGACUUGUCCAAUUGAUCGUUGAAGUUAGCCCUGCACUAACUAUCGGGAUCCAAUCAAAUAACUCUAAAUUCUUUGUAAAUGCCGCACCACAACCAAUUACGGUAUAGUUGCUGCGCUGUCAUAUUUUGCUUAUUGGACAUUGAUUAUUUGAUUUUCUUGAUACUAAAUGUGGAUUAAUGAAUUAAAAACGUGCAUUUAUGCUAACAAACAUUACUUUGCAUAAACCCAGAUUUUGGCAAAUUAAUUCUCCCUGUAAACUAUUUCAGUUUUUUUUUUUUAAAUUGUCUUCAUUUACUUAAGAGAAAUGUGCAUUGUUCCACACCCGCAGUUGAGACAAUUAAUACCCAUAGCUUUUAUAUUUUAUUUGAUUGGAUCUCGUACUGUCCAAGCAAGUGUGCCUCAUGAAAUGGACAUGACCAAUCCUGACACAGCGCAUGGCGCAACUACCUCUGAGGCCACUGGAGGGCGCCAAAAGCGUGCGAGAGCGAGCGAGCAAUUGCCCGCCUAAGCAUGUCUGUCUUUCUUUUUCUUUUUUACUUUCUCUGCACGUUUGAUCGCUCAUUACAUACCCCCCCCCCCCCGCCACCAUUACUGACUUGCCGCCAAUUUUACAUUCCAGCUCCACAGUCCUUCCAAUAGUGAUCACACCGAUUAAAGCAAUAAAAUGCUAAGCUAGCGAUGCUAAGCUAGCGAUGCUAAGAGAGCGAUGCUAAGAGAACGAUGCUAAGAGAACGAUGCUAAGAGAGCGAUGCUAAGCUACGCUACGACAGUCUUCCACCUUCCACCGAUGUCGGCCAUUUCCACACUGAUGAUGAUGAUGAUGAUGAUGUGCAUCUGCCGAAAGUAGAAUUAGCUCACGUCUUAUUAAUUUAUUUGUUUCAAUAAAAGAUGUUUAGAAUCUA